AUGUAUGCUGAAGCCACCAAUUCUAAAAAAGUCGAUCUUGUAUUCAUAAUCCCGACUGCCAAUGCGUUAACCGAGCAUAUCAAACGUGUCUAUUUCCAAGUACAGUCUAUUUCCAAGCAAGGUCAAGACGAGACCUUAGAUCCGUUAGAAUGGGGGUGGGAAUUGGUGGAUGGAGAGCUCAGUUCUGUCACCAUGUCCCAGGAAGCCGGUUCCGAGAAAAUUUUAAGCAAAAUUUCUUGUUCUUGUGAAAUCGACUGUGGCACGAGGUGCGAGUGCGCCGAAGAGGGUUGGAAAGCUCACUUGCAUGCAAGCAUUGCGAUGGCAAUUGCUCAAACCAAAAAAGACACUGCCAACAGGGCCGAGAAUAGUGACGAGGAAGAAGAUGAAAAAGGUGAAGAAGGGAAAGAAAAGAGGUUUGAACAAGAUGUUUAG